AUGAUAAGGGCGUUGCCUGAGCAUGUGCCAGCUAUCCAGACAAUGAUUGAUGCCGCAUAUUCGAAAUACAUCAAACGUAUUGGCAAGCCACCAGCGCCCAUGUUGGCAAACUAUUAUGAAGUCGUUCAAACAUCCAACGUCUUUGUUUUGCGGAAUGAAACACAGGAAAUCGUCGGCGCGAUCGUACUUUCAGUCAAUGUGGAUACCCACUCCGUUGAAGUCAAUAAUUUGGUCGUGAGCCCUGCGACUCAAGGUCGUGGCUAUGGUCGCAUAUUGUUAGAGUGUGCUGAACAAGUCGCUCAAUCACAGAACUGCACAGCAUUAACGCUUUAUACGAAUGAGAAAAUGUACGAAAAUGUUGGAAUGUACGUUAAAAUGGGGUUUGUUGAGACUGGAAGAAGAACUGAAGAUGGAUUUGAACGAGUAUACUUCCGUAAAGAGUUACUUUGA